AGAUAGAUGACUUAACAGGCCCUCAGCUGGAAAAAAUGUCCUCUCCUGUCCUCGCAGGAAAUACUUCUUUAGUAUUUAUAGAUCUGCGCCCAUGGAUGGGUACUAUUUCCGGAUAAAAUCUCGAAACAUUUUUUCUCACCGCAUUUGAAGACUAUGUAAGCUAUGUUGUUAGAGUUUGACGUCUUUCAUCUGGCUUAUGCGAAACAACUUCCUCGAAGGCUCUACACCUAAUGGACUAUGCAAACUUUAUGUUCACCUCAAGAGGACAAAUAUUGGCCCGCUUUCAUGUUAAUGUCAUUCUCUAUUCUUGCAUGUUGAAUGGCCGCUCAAGAACGGUUUCGAUUUGAGUAAAUAUCAUUUCCCAGGAAACACAAAAGAUUUGCAACCUAUCAAUGCCCGGCUGGCCCCUCCAAAGAUCUGUUUAUGACCCGCGCUUAACCAAUCGGAUGUCCCAGGUGUAAUUUAAUUUAGAAAUAUCAUAUUACAGGUGAGCCAAUCCGAGACAUUAUAAUCACACAGGUUUUUUGAUAAAAUCGCAUCUUUAAACACAAUCACAUUUCAACCAAUUAGUGGCUGUGAAAUGUUCUUUGUCCCUGGGGCGUAGCUAGAGAGAUCGCUAAUUGCUACACAAUAAAUGAUGUUCGAUCAUUUUACGGACUCGAGAUGGCAUAAUCACAACCAAACAGUCAAGUCUGCAGUGUUCCGUGUUUAGUAUCAAGUGCUCAGGAAGUCUGUGAUUCUCGGCGAAGAUGAAACCUGUAUGCCUCUUGUACAUUUCGCCGCUACUUCUUCUCGGCUUAGCUAACUCGUGCUGUGUUGAGUAUUCGAGCGGUCUCAAGAGAAAGUGGGAACUAUGGACACGUCCAUUUUUACGAAAACGUGCCGUGGAAAUCGCGCAAAAACGACUUCUCUCAAUUCUGGGACUAGAUAACUUUCCGACGCCUGGGCGACAUGUUAUUCCACACAAGUUCAUGCUGGAGCUGUACAGGAACCUUUCGAGCGGGACUUACAAAGGAAAUCUUAACCAUAAUAUGGUGCCGAGUGCUGUAGUCGGUAUAGUGGAUCAAGAACGCCGAGACAAUUCAGUGAGCAGAAACAGUCAGCAAGUAUUUUAUUUUAAUGUGAGUAACGUGCCUUCAUCGCAAACUAUCAUCGACGCAGAGUUACGGGUGUUGAGACUAUCCGUGGUCAAAGGUAAACCAUUUAUCAACUGGCACGGCACAACUUACAGAGCAAAGCUUUAUGGCAAGCGUAUGCUUGAUGUACCAAAUUUGUCUCCUUUUGAAUCAACUUCAAACCUCGAGCUUCUCGAUUCGAUCGAGUUUGACAUCGCCGAUCGGUCAUCGGAGAAUUGGAACGUGUUCUCUGUCAAAAGAGCGACUGAAAAGUGGCAGAAAGCAAGAGCGAAUUGUCACCAGCUUGAGUUACGCGUGGAAUCUCUGUUGAGUGGAGAGAACGUCCCACCGGAAGAGAUGGGCUUCGCUAAAGCCGGGCGCCUUCAUAACAAGCACGCUCUUCUCGUCGUGUAUACAAGCGAUGGGAAACCCUCUGAUCCCAUCCGGAAACCAGUGUCAUACGAAAACAAAGCCGAUGGUAACGCAAUAUCACGGGGAAAAAACACUGAGCUAAAACAGAACAAAAUCGACUCCGACUUGGAACACAGCAACCGGGUACGAAGAGACGCGAAAUCGAAAACCGGGGGAAGUAGCUUGAAGAAGCGAAGCAGAGGAACUAAAUCGAAGCGUCGACGCAAAAAAGAUUCCUGUCGCAGAAAACCCUUAUAUGUCGACUUUAACCAGCUUGGCUGGUCAAACUGGGUGAUAGCACCAAGAGGAUAUAACGCGUAUUUUUGUCAAGGACUCUGCGAGUUUCCUAUCGACAAUCAUUUAAAACCCACGAAUCACGCCACGGUACAGACGAUUCUGAACUCCGUGGCUCCUUCGCUUGCGCCUCAAGCGUGCUGCUCACCGAAUAAAUUCAGCGGUAUUAGCAUUUUGUAUAUGGACAGAAGCGACAAUAUCGUGUACAAGAAGUACGAAGAUAUGGUGGUUGAACGGUGUGGCUGUAAGUGAACGGAUUUAACGGGGGUAAUUGAUUGUAGGAGAAUCGACAAUACCUCUGUUUCUGAACGCGAUCUCAGGCAGUUCCUUCGCCUAUAGGUGCUGACUAAACUCCGGCACUACACGCGCGCGAAGCUAUCACUGGUUUUUAUUGAGUCAACACCUGACCAUGAGCUUAACGCAGAAACUGAGAGCCGUUGUCACCCGUCGGUGUUGUUUCAUAGAGUUCUCGAGACUUUCACAGACUUUCAACACUCGAGAGUACAUUGCCCGCGCGCAUACAUCUGCUCGGCGACGUCAAGUCAGAAUUUAUUCACGGGCCGGAUUCAAAUAAACCCCGCGCUGUGUUUACUCAAUUUCUUGAUCCUCGGAGAUGAUUUGGUUUGCAUAAUCGCAUUAAAAUUAUCACUGAUAUUGUUUAUGAACUCAGAACGUUUCUCGAAAAUACCCUCAGCAGGGAUGAAUGUCAGUUUAAAAGAGGUUUUUGCACCCUCGGCCGACAUCAGUGUCAGAGAUUACUUCGGUAUAACACAGCUGUGAGACGGCCGAAACGUAUUUAGCUCCAGAGUUCAAUUUGUAUUCUCACUGUAAUAUAGUCAUAGCGUAUUAUUCCACGGCAAGAUUUUUAGCACCUUGUUAUUUUUAUCAGAUGAACACACGCCUUCGUCUGUCAAAAAGUCACUAUUAAGUAUCAGUAUUAGUGAAAAAUAUUUAUACGUAAUUCUCGUGCCCGGAGCUAGGUAACUAUAAAGAGAGUCGGCUAGUCAACAGAGCAACAACGAUACGGUUAGUUUAUCCUUGAUUAGCGAACAAUCGAUUUUUUAGUUAUUAUUACCGCGCUCGAAUGUAAAUAGUGAAUAAUUUAUUUAUUCUUGACUUGAAAGGGAACAUAGAAAGCGCCCGAUUUUAUUGUUGUACUAUUUUUAUCUAGAGCCAACGAGGGCCAGUUAAAAGUGCAAUAGAAAUUGCGAUCUAAAAAUAAAUUGGUGUUCACUUGAUCGGCCUGUGGGCUUGAUAUGAGA